CGCGAGGGGAGCACGCCGCGCGGGCGGGGGCGGAAUUACCUUGCUGCCUUUCCCUCCCCGUCGCGCUGGUACAAAGAGGGGGUGCCGGUGCAGGGGGCGGCCGUGUGUUCUCUGUUGGAAAGGCGAGCAGGGGGACGGGGAGAAGUUCUCGGAGAGGUCGCCUUCGUCUUCCUCCCCUGACUCGCUUAAAUGGAGUAUCACAAUGGCGAGGCUGAUGACUUGCCUCCUCCACCUCCUCUAGAUGCGAGCAUUGAACCUUUUAAAGCUGAGGAAACAAAGAAGCUGUUGAAACCUAAGAGGGCUCUGGUCCCUAGGAAAGGUUUUGGCAAAAAGGGGCAGCCAAUAAAGCUUAUAACGAACCACUUCAAAGUUUCACUGAAGAACACUGAAGAAUUUUUCUAUCACUACUAUGUGAAUUUGAAAUAUGAAGAUGAUACACCUGUUGAUCGCAAGGGAGCAGGAAGGAGCGUGAUUGAGAAACUUCAGCAAACCUAUGCCACUGAACUUGCAAAUAAAGAUUUUGCAUAUGAUGGUGAGAAGAGCCUGUUCACAAUUGGCGCUCUUCCUCAAAUUAAUAACGAGUUCAUUGUUGUGGUGGAAGACGUUUCAACUGGAAAGACUCCUGUAAAUGGCAGCCCUGGCAACGACAGUCCACCUGGAAGUGACAGGAAAAGGAUCAGAAGGCCUUACAAUACAAAGACAUAUAAAGUUGAGCUGUCUUUCGCAGCGAAAAUUCCUAUGAGUGCAAUCUCACAUGCAUUGAGAGGUCAGGAAUCAGAGCAUACUCAGGAAGCCAUUCGAGUGAUAGAUAUUAUUCUGAGGCAGCACUCAGCAAAGCAGGGUUGCCUCUUGGUUCGUCAAUCAUUCUUCCAUAACAAUCCUUCCAACUUUGUUGACCUUGGUGGUGGUGUAAUGGGCUGUAGAGGAUUCCAUUCCAGUUUCCGUGCCACACAGAGUGGACUUUCACUUAAUAUUGAUGUGUCAACAACAAUGAUAGUAAAACCAGGUCCUGUACUUGAUUUUCUGAUUGCCAACCAGAAGGUUGACCAUCCAAACAAGAUUGACUGGGCAAAGGCAAAGCGCUCAUUGAAGAACUUGAGGAUAAAAAUAAUCACAACGAAUGCAGAAAACAAGAUUGUUGGUCUGAGUGACAGGCCAUGCCGAGAAACAAUGUUUACACUAAAGCGUAGAAAUGAUGACAAUGGUGACACUGAAGAGAUCAGUGUUUAUGAUCACUUCGUAAAGAACCGUGGCAUAGAGCUUAGAUACUCUGGUGACUUUCCUUGUAUCAAUGUGGGAAAACCAAAGCGGCCAUCUUAUUUUCCUAUAGAGCUCUGUGCACUUGUGUCUUUACAAAGAUACACUAAGUCAUUGAGUACACUUCAGAGGUCUUCACUUGUUGAGAAGUCUAGGCAGAAACCCCAAGAAAGGAUGUCUGUUCUGUCUGAUGUACUGCACCGCAGCAACUAUGAUUCAGAGCCUAUGCUAAUGGCAUGUGGCAUUUCAAUUGCUAAAAGUUUCACUGAGGUGGAUGGUAGGGUGCUGCAAGCCCCCAAGCUCAAAGCGGGCAAUGGAGAAGACAUUUUUACACGCAAUGGGAGAUGGAACUUCAACAAUAAGAGGCUCAUUAGAGCUAGCAGUGUUGAAAAAUGGGCAGUAGUCAAUUUUUCUGCACGCUGCAAUGUCAGGGACCUUGUCCGAGAUCUCAUCAAGUGUGGCGGCAUGAAGGGAAUUAAAGUAGAGACACCUUUUGAUGCAUUUGAAGAGAAUCCUUCCAUGAGGAGGGCACCUGCUGUAAGAAGGGUGGAGGACAUGUUUGAACAAGUGAAAACAAAGCUGCCAGGAGCACCCAAGUUUCUUUUGUGUGUUCUUGCUGAGAGGAAGAAUUCUGAUGUUUAUGGGCCUUGGAAGAGGAAAUGCCUUGCUGAAUUUGGGAUCGUUACACAGUGCGUGGCACCAACAAGAGUUAAUGAUCAGUACCUUACCAACGUCCUGCUAAAGAUAAAUGCAAAGUUGGGUGGGUUAAAUUCAAUUCUCCAAGUUGAAUCAUCCCCUGCAAUGCCUCUUAUAUCCAAGGUCCCAACUAUGAUUUUGGGAAUGGAUGUGUCCCAUGGUUCUCCUGGACAAUCUGGUGUACCUUCCAUUGCUGCUGUUGUCAGUUCGCGCGAAUGGCCUCUUAUCUCAAAAUAUAGAGCAUCAGUGCGCUCUCAAUCACCUAAGAUGGAAAUGAUUGAUUCGUUGUUUAAGCAACAGGGAACGGAUGAUAAGGGCCUGAUUCGGGAGUGUCUAAUUGACUUCUACACCAGUUCUGGGAAGAGAAAGCCAGAUCAAAUCAUUAUCUUCAGGGAUGGUGUUAGUGAAAGUCAGUUUAGUCAGGUGCUGAACAUAGAAUUGGAUCAAAUAAUUGAGGCAUGCAAGUUUUUGGAUGAAAAAUGGGAUCCCAAGUUCACAUUGAUUGUUGCCCAGAAGAACCACCAUACGAAAUUUUUCAUUCCUGGAGCACCUGAUAAUGUUCCUCCUGGUACUGUAGUCGACAACAAAGUCUGCCAUCCAAGGAACUAUGACUUCUACAUGUGUUCGCAUGCUGGAAUGAUAGGAACUACGAGACCUACACAUUAUCACAUCCUCCAUGAUGAGAUAGGCUUCAACCCUGAUGAGCUUCAGGAGCUGGUGCACUCACUUUCUUAUGUGUACCAAAGGAGUACAACAGCCAUAUCAGUUGUUGCUCCUAUCUGCUAUGCACAUCUUGCUGCUGCCCAGGUUGGACAAUUUAUAAAAUUCGAUGAGAUGUCGGAAACGUCCUCCAGCCAUGGCGAGCACACAUCCGCAGGCAGUGUCCAGGUGCAGGAGCUGCCCCGUCUCCACGAAAAGGUCAGGAGCUCCAUGUUCUUCUGCUGAGCUGCACACGCCGGCUGUUGUGGUGGUUGGCGUAUGCCAUCUACCAUGUUGCUUUUGGUGGAUGUUUCUGAACCUUGUAGUUAAUUUAGUUGGUGACAUCGGGUGGCUGGAUGCCUCAGGAAGACUUUGAACGUGUGCCGUGAUAAGCUCCUGGUGCAUUUUCGGUGGUUUCGAACCUAGUCUGUUGUGGCGGUUGGUGUACGCCAUUUACCAUGUUGCUUUUGGUGGAUGUUUCUGAACCUUGGUAGUUAGUUAGUUGGUGACCUCGGGUGGCAUCAUCCCCUAAACUGGUUAGGUGACUCAGGAAGACUUUGAAACCUGUUUGAAUGUGGUCGACCGGCAUUUGCCACCGCUCCUGUUGCUGUCA